AUGGCUCAAUACGCAAAGUUCUCCUAUAUCAAUCCCCAAUGGGAACGGUUCGUCCAGGCACAGCCUGUGAUGCGCAAUUUCCGCGGAAGCGAUGAUCAUAUCAUCCAACGCCGAGCAGCAUUCCAAAAAUUAGCCGCCGAGGGUCCACAGAUCCGCAAGAUACCUGGAAACGAUGAAGUUGAUGUAAAGGAUUUCCACAUUCCUGCUCGUGAUGGCUACGAGAUCCUCGUGAGAUCGUACACACCUCGACGACCUGCAGAAAGCGGGAGCGCUGCAGCGUAUCCCGUAUUUGUCUAUUACCAUGGAGGCGGAUAUACCUUUGGUAACAUUGAAACCGGCGACGAUAACUGCAGGCUACUUUCAGCGCGUAAUGGACUGGCAGUGUUGAACGUUGAUUACCGUCUUGCGCCGAAAUACGUGUUCCCCAAGGGCUUCGAAGACGCGCAUGAUGCCCUGCGAUGGGUCACAAAGAAUGCACCUUCCUUUGGCGGAGACUUGAGUAAAGGAUUUCUCGUCGGAGGUGUCUCAGCCGGUGGAAAUUUUGCUGGGGCUUUGGCUUACGUUGCUCGUGAUGAGGGUCUUCAGCCGCCGAUUACGGGGUUAUUGCUCUCAAUUCCGUGCUGCUUGAUGCCUCAAGCUUUCCAUCUUCUGCCGCAGUAUAAAGAUGAACUUCUCAGUAUUGAGCAGAACAAGGACUCAGACAUGUUGGACGUACGAUCUUAUAAGCAACUUAUCGAAGAUAUUUGCCAAGCUCCCCCUGACGACCCAAGAAUAUCCUUCCUGCUCAACCCCGAUCACUCCGGUCUACCCACUCGGGCAUACUUCCAAAUCGCAGGGCUAGACCCCAUCCGCGACGAGGCCCUUCUCUUCGCCAAACUAUUACGCGAACAGUCUAAUGCCGAGACCAAAAUCGAUUUAUACGAUGGCUUGCCGCAUGGAUUCUGGCGGUUUCAGGAGCUGCCCGCUGCGCAGAGAUGGCAUAUUGAUCUAUACGAAGGGACGAAGUUUUUGUUGGAAGGCGGGAAGGGAGGUUUUGAUGUGAAGGGUACUGAGAAUGGCCUCAAUGAGUAUUUGUCUGGUGUGAUAUGA